GCUUUUUACAGCACCGUGCGUUUGUAGUGGUUGAUCGUUGCCCGGCAGCGUUGUGACUUCAGAGCUUUCCGGAUCACCCAUACGAACCUAUUUGAUAGCUCUACGUUGACUUUCCAUCGACGGUCAUCCACAUGUGACCGAACACACAUUGUGUCGUCUCCGCACACGGCCAAACGUGACGCAUCUUCACGAAUAGACGGUGUUAGGCGCUAGCCGGCUAACUGGCGCUAGCUCAAAGCGACGCCAUCAGUUGGGCGAAAAUCAGCACGUCAGAGCGACGACAAUAUCAACUGACUUUAAGUGAACGUUCCUCGUGUCUUGUCUUCCUCGUCGACGCCUUUUGCUUCAUUUCUCCGCUCCUCUCCCGCUGAGCGCGGAUGUGCUGAUGUGAGGAGUUGAGCGUUAGGAGGAGCAGCUAGCUUGUUGUGACACAGCGAGUGGCCGCCAUGGCGGCAGCGGGCAGCGGCGGCAGAAACUUCUCGUUCAAGGUGGUCCUACUGGGGGAAGGCUGCGUGGGCAAGACGUCCAUGGUGCUGCGCUACUGCGAGAACAAAUUCAACGACAAACACAUUACGACUCUACAGGCCUCCUUCCUCAACAAGAAGCUCAACAUCACAGGAAAGCGGGUCAAUUUAGCCAUUUGGCACGCUCCACAAGAGGCUGGUCACGUGACUGUGGCGUGUGCGUUGCAGGACACAGCGGGUCAGGAGCGCUUCCACGCGCUAGGUCCGAUCUACUACAGAGACUCCAAUGGCGCCGUGCUGGUGUAUGACGUCACUGACGAUGACUCUUUCCAGAAGGUGAAGAGCUGGGUGAAAGAACUGAGGAAGAUGUUGGGCAACGACAUUUGUUUGUGUAUAGUAGGUAACAAAAUCGAUCUGGACAAAGACAGGAAUGUAUCCACGGAGGAGGCGGAGAGCUACGCGGUGUCGGUGGGGGCCAAGCACUACCAGACCUCGGCCAAGCUCAACAAAGGCAUCGAGGAGCUCUUCUUGGACUUGUGUAAACGAAUGAUGGAGGCGGCUCAGGCUGACGAGAGGUCGAAGGGCAACGGAGGAAGCCAGCUGGCAUCGAGUAGGCGGGGCGUACAGAUUGUUGAUGAUGAGCCUCAGGCCACACCCACUGGAGGAUGCUGCUCAUCUGGCUAACACACGCGCACACAGUCUCUCAUGGGAAGUCUUAUUUAAUGAGUUAAAUUGUCAUUGUGCUCUUCAAAGUAAAAGUAGUAAUUAAUGGUCAGCAUCAUGACAUCACUUCCUGCCUGGCGUUUGUCGUUGUUGGUUGGAUGACAUCAUCUGACAGCUUCCUCACCCUCUGCUGCAUUUUAAACCUCUCCAUUUAAAAAGCGACGCUUCUGACAAGCCACCGGGGCCAUUUUGACACGUUUUCCAUACGCCCGGCCGUCUGCGACUCGUGUCUUGUUUACCACCGUGGACAUGUGCAUGCUCAACUCUUAAAAGGCUUUGUUUCAUCUGACUUUUUAAAAGUGCUAAUAUUAAAGGAUUAUUGGGGGGAAAAAAAGUUUCAUCUGACUUUUUAAAAGUGCUAACAAUAUUAAAGGAUUAUUGGGGGGAAAAAAAACAAGUGUCAUGUGUUGUGCUGUGGCCAGCAGAGGGCGGCAAAGACCAAAUGUGACGUCACAGCUGUGAGUCAGGUGUUGUGCAUUUUGCAGUUGCAGAGAAUGACUGCUCACCUUUAUUUCCAGGAAGAACAACACACUUUUAAGGUAACAGCAAAUACAGUUUACUAAACAAAAAGGCCUCAAGU